AUGCACAGUGUUUCGGUUCUAAGUUGCCUUUGCCUCAGCCUGAGUUUAAUCAGGGCCGUUCCGCAGAUAAAUCUCCCAACUCCUCAACCAGAGGUUUUCUACAAUGGGUAUACCCCCAAUGUGGCCACUACUCCUGCCCAACUUCGAGCCGAUCGGGAUCGGGAUCAGCGUUAUGGGCCUCCUUACUCCGAUGAAGCGAGGAGUGGCAACACCGAUGAUGGAUUAGAUGAUUUUAGGUAUGGCCAGACGAAUGACGAACGCAUGAGGAUCGGCUAUUCCUAUCCCUCACCUCGAGUGAACUUCAGUGACUCACCGUUCAGUGGGAAUAGGUAUUCCAAUCACAACUACGGACCCAUUUCGAGCACCACCGAUCGAAACUACGGGAACGAUCCCAACCUAAACGGAAGAUAUUCAGAUGUGCCCUAUUCAACUCAAGGAGAACGGAACUACAAUCCCAACGAUCAAUACAACUACAACAAUAAUCCCAAUGUGGAGUUUUUGGGCAACAAUCGGAAUCGCUUCGAGAAUCCUUUCCUCUCAAAUCAGGAUAGAUUUAACCUAAAUCAAGGUUACUUGGAACGACAGCGAUAUCAGCAGGAUCGUCGCUAUCAACAGGAGUUGGAGAAGCUGCGUAUCCUUCUUGUGGAGUCCGAUCAAAAAGGAUCUCUCGAGUGCACCGCCAAUGUGGCUGCCCAGUGGAACUUCGAGACGAAUGUCAACGAUUUUACCCAAACGGAAGCGCUCAAUGCUCAGCAGCGAUAUGUUGAGUUUCAGCGCAUUACUGCUGAACAAUCUAAAAGGAUCAACAAGGAUCUCAUCUUUGAUCGCCGACUUUAUAGACAAUUAAUGCUUCAAUCGGAAGUAGGACCCAAUGCUCUGCCCCUAGACGUUUUAGACAGAUAUAACCGCCUGCUGAAUGAAAUGCUGUUCCUGUACAACAGUGCCAGCAUUUGUGCUUACCAGCAGCCCUUCCAAUGUGAUCUUCACUAUAUUCCCCAGCUGAAGGACAUUAUGGCUAAAAGUAGGGAUUGGGAUGAGUUGCAGCACACUUGGGUGGAAUAUCAUAGAAAAGCCGGACGUGGAAUGCGAGAUAGUUAUGAGCAAUUAAUUGAUGUGAUGCAAGAGGUGGCCUAUGUAAACAACGUCACCAAUGGCGGUGAAUACUGGUAUCUCGGAUACGAAUCGGGUAACUUUCGCCAGGAUAUGGACAUUGUUUGGGAGCAAAUAAGACCUCUCUACGAAGCUUUGCAUGCCUAUGUUCGUCGGAAGUUGAGGGAUUACUACGGACCAGAUCGCAUUAACCGAAUAGCUCCGCUUCCCUCGCAUAUUCUGGGCAAUAUGUACGGCCAAUCGUGGUCCAAUGUCCUGGACAUUUUGAUACCCUAUCCGGGUCGCAAGUUGAUUGAUGUGACACCCCGAAUGGUGGAACAGGGAUAUACACCCCAAUUGAUGUUUCAGUUGGCCGAGGAGUUCUUUACCUCGAUAAAUAUGUCCGCCGUUGGUCCUGAAUUCUAUCGCAAUUCCAUAUUCGAACAGCCUUUGGACAGAAGAGUUCUGUGUGAACCAUCCGCCUGGGAUUUCUGCAAUCGACACGAUUUCCGGGUGAAGAUCUGUACGGACAUCAAUCAGCGGAGUUUGAUUAGCGUUCACCAUGAGAUGGCCCACAUUCAGUACUUUCUGCAGUACCGUCAUCUUCCCAAAAUCUUCAGGAAUGGCGCCAAUCCGGCUUUCCAUCAAGCUGUGGGUGAUGCCAUUGGACUUUCGGUUUCCACUCCAAGGCACUUGCAAACCUUGGGACUUUUGCAAAGGUCCCUCGACGAGUCCAGCUAUGAUAUUAACUAUCUGUUCACCAUGGCCAUUGAUAAGGUUGCUUUUUUGCCAUUUGCUUUAUCUUUGGACAAUUGGCGCUAUGAUGUUUUUAGUGGAAAUGCAAAUAAACGAACCAUGAACUGCCACUACUGGAAUAUGCGUGAAAAGUAUUCCGGGAUUAAGCCUCCAGUUUUGCGUUCGGAAAAGGACUUUGACAUGGGAGCCAAGUAUCACAUACCAGCAAAUAUUCCCUACAUCAAAUACUUUUUCUCCACGGUUCUGCAGUUCCAAAUCUAUCGAGGUCUUUGCCGUGAAUCUGGACAAUACAUCCCGGGGGAUCCCAGGAAGCCACUCCACCAAUGCGACAUUUACCGACAGCCAGCAGCAGGAAAUAUUCUCAAAACUCUGAUGUCCAAGGGAGCCUCUCAACCGUGGCAAGAGGUCCUUGAGGAAACUUUCAGGGAUGGUCGCUUGGAUGGCAGUGCUCUUCGGGAAUAUUUUGCUCCUUUGGAGGAAUGGCUACGCCAGGAGAAUCUGAGAACAAACGAAUAUAUUGGAUGGAACUACGAUGGAGACUACUGCAAACGGAGCAUUGAAACUGCCGGUCUUCAAGUUUUCGGAGGAUACUACAAUGCUGGCUUCAUGCAACAGCCAUCGUCUUACCUUUUUCCACUGAUCUUUUCAAUAUGCUACCUUUUUUAAGAAUCUGUAAACAAACAGUCAGACAAAAUGUUGUUCCACUUACUACUUCCGCUUAUUCAAGUCGCGCCUAUAACCAAGUUGAACUUGAAUCAAUGCCAAAAAAUACACACACACACAAUUCUAAAAUUAAAUAAACGAAUAAAAAAAAAUAAACGCAAAUCUGACAAAUUGCCCGACUGGCUGCACCCUAAAAA